CACAGCACACUGGUUGGGAAACACUGGCUUAUAUAUAUGUGCUAUACCUGUAUGUAUAUUCAUGCGAGCAACACAUUUAAGUGUGUGACCAACACAGUGGGAACGUAUACCUUGUGUGCAAGUAGGGUGGUUUAUGAUGUAUAAAGCUUGUUUGGAGCAAAUGAUUUUCUGUAUGCAUCUCAAUGAAGCCAGAGACUUAGGUUUCUUAAGCUUUUCUUGUUUAUAUCUGGUGUGGUUUCAUACUUUCCAACUCCUUUAAUCCCUGUAUCUUUUUUCAUUUUGAAGUGGGACCCUAUGAUCACUACAUUACCUGGCUUAUACCUGGUGUCUGUUGGAAUAGUGAAGCCUGCAGCAUGGCUCUUUGGAUGGUCUGGAAGCGUAGUGUGCUCGACAGGAAUGCUCAGGUUUAUUAACCUCCUUUUCAGUGUUGGCAACUUCUACUUGCUGUAUUUGCUUUUGGGCAAGAUCCAUCAGAAAAACAAGGCUGUGUCUGGUUUCCAGAGAAUAUUAUCUACAUUAACUCUUGCAGUAUUUCCUACCCUUUAUUUUUUUACAUUCCUUUAUUAUACAGACACAGGAUCAACAUUUUUUACUCUUUUUUCAUAUUUGAUGUGCCUUUAUGGUAACCAUAAAACUUCAGCCCUGCUUGGGUUUUGUGGCUUUAUGUUUCGUCAGACAAAUAUUGUGUGGACUAUUUUCUGUGGGGGAAGUGUUGUUGCAGAAAGGAUAAAUGAAGCAUGGAAGACUGAAUUGUUGAAAAAGAAAGAAGAAAAGUUUUCAUCUACGAAAGAAUCAUUUUCAGAAAUAAUCAGAAUACUACAGUUCCUUAUAAAGCACAUCACGUCCUUUAAAAACCUUGUUGCACUUGUAGUUUUGAUUUGGCCAUAUAUCCUUUCAGUAAGUGCAUUUUUUACUUUUGUGGUCAUCAAUGGAGGAAUAGUUGUUGGAGACAGGAGUAAUCAUGAAGCCUGCUUGCAUUUCCCUCAGCUGUUCUACUUUUUCUCCUUUACCCUCUUUUUUUCCUUUCCUUACUUAAUAACUCCUUGUAAAAUUGGAAAUUUCCUUCAGUCAUUACGAAAGCACCCAAGGCACUAUGGCAUACUAAUUGCCAUUUCUUUAUUCCUGGUCUGGAAAUUUACCUAUGUUCAUAAGUAUCUGCUUGCAGAUAACAGGCAUUACACAUUCUAUAUAUGGAGAAAAAUCUUUCAAAGACAUGAAUUUGUGAAAUACGUAUUAGUUCCAGUUUACAUAUUUGCUGGGUGGAGUUUUACUGAUUCACUGAAAUCAAAAUCCAUUUUCUGGAACUUAGUAUUUUUUGUAUGUUUGUUUGCUGUCACAGUUCCUCAGAAGCUGUUGGAAUUCCGUUACUUCAUUUUGCCAUUUUUAAUAUAUAGGCUAAAUAUUCCUUUUCCACCUCUUUCUCAGCAGCUUCUUGAGUUUACUUUAUAUGUCAUUGUUAAUGCAGUAACUUUACAUCUCUUUUUGAACAAAACGUUCCAAUGGCCAAAUAGUGAAGAAAUCCAGAGGUUUAUGUGGUGAUUUUGUAUAUCUUUGUAUUCCUAGAAAGAACAAAUUCUAUGCCUUUUCUGCAAUGAAUAGGGUUAAUAGGCCCUGAAAUUAAGUGUGUUUCUCUGUGAUUAUUUUCUUCCUUUGGGGGUGGAGGAAGUGUAAUGUGUUGGAUGCUUAAAUUCUUGCAACUCUAUGUGAGAUUGGAUCUGUUCUUAAUAUGACCAGGUAUUAACCAAAUUUAAGAGGUUCUGGGAUAAAUAAAAACAUCAUCAGGAAAAAUUC